GUAAAACAUGGCGUCGCCCUUGCAGAGAUGUGUGGGGUUUCUUCUCUGCGUCACUUUAAUUUAUGUUUUUGCAGCAGACGAGGGAAAAAAUGCAAAACCGAAGAAGAAGAAGGAUAUCCGCGAUUACAAUGAUGCAGAUAUGGCCAGACUUUUGGAGCAGUGGGAGGAAGAUGAUGACAUUGAAGAAGGCGACCUCCCAGAGCACAAAAGACCUUCAGCACCGGUGGACUUCUCAAAAAUUGACCCCUCGAAGCCGGAGGAGCUCCUCAAGAUGACCAAGAAGGGAAAGACCCUCAUGGUAUUUGCCACUGUGUCGGGGGACCCCACCGAGAAGGAGACGGAGGAGAUCACAAGUCUGUGGCAGGGUAGUCUCUUCAAUGCCAAUUUUGAUAUUCAACGGUUUGUAGUGGGGUCAAACCGAGUCAUCUUCAUGUUGCGUGAUGGGAGCUAUGCUUGGGAGGUCAAGGACUUCUUGGUGGCACAGGACCGCUGCGCUGAUGUGACUGUGGAGGGCCAGGUGUACCCUGGGAAGGCAGCAAAGAAUGACAAGGCAAAGGAGAAGGACCGUAACAACAUUAAGACAAAAAAGAGUGACAACAAGGACAAGAAACCGAGCAAAGAGAAUAACAAGGCUAACAAGCGUGAGGAUCUCUGAGCUUCUCCCUUCAGAUGGUUUGGAGGAGCUCUGAGUCCUCUCAUUUGGUAUAGAUUAUGGGGCGUUGGAAGAGGACAUUAUUGCAAAUGUUGCCAUUGAGCACAAACAUGGUUUUUCAUGUCAAAUGUAAAAUUUCUCAUACUUGAAUGACUCACCAGUAUAUUGAACAUGACAAGUAGUUUAUGGAUUCAGGUUCUGUUGGAGAGAUAAGUCAUGUUUGCUGGAUUUUAAAAUGACUUUUUUUUUUUUUUUUUUUUUUUUUUCCCCUCUCCCUCCUCUCUCCACACUUGUUUCAGUGAUUCCAUUAACAAUACUUGACUGCAUAUAGUGCCAUUGAAUAACAAAUUAUACACUCAAUCUGUUGGUUAAUCUCUUAUAUAAGAAAAUUAGUCAGAGCAUUGUUUAGUUUUCUU